AGAAAGCGUUAAGAUAUCUAAUGGAUAUGGCACUUACCACAAACAAACAAAUGAAAGUGCUACUGAACAAAUCGUAUACUCUAAACAGAAGGACUACCCAACACAAUACAACGGACCCAUUACAGAAACAAACAUUGACCAAAAUGCACAACCAAAUGGAUAUCAUAAGUCCCAAAACGGAUAUCGCAAGCAAACAAAUGGAUAUUUGAAAAAGGGUGGCUCUCCUAUUCUGUCUGGUCGACCUGCAACUAGGUACUCAUUCUCUAAAAAUGAUACAGAUAUUGAAGACCCUGUGACGGCCAUUGAGCGUCAAAUGUCAAGUAGCCAAAAAGUUGACCAUCAUGCAAGCGUUGAUCCAAGGCCUGACAUUAAGUUAAUUAAUUACAAAAGACUAAGUGUGAAACAGUUGAUCCUAAGGCGUGGUCUUGUUUUGCUGAUGAAUGUGGUCAUUUUAGUCGCAGGAAUCUUUGUCAGGUUAAACGUAUCAAUUAACCACGUCCCUUCUCAAGAAGACUCAAAUGUCACACAGUUGUGUUACCCUG